AUGUCAGCGGCUCCCAGCAGCGGCCCCGGGUCACGCAGAGGCCCCGGGUCACGCAGAGGCCCCGGGUCACGCAGAGGCCCCUGCUCAGUCUCCAUCACACAUGUGUCCACAGAGGCCCCUGCUCAGUCUCCAUCACACUUGUGUCCACAGAGGCCCCUGCUCAGUCUCCAUCACACAUGUGUCCACAGAGGCCCCUGCUCAGUCUCCAACACACACAUGUGUCCACAGAGGCCCCUGCUCAGUCUCCAACACACACAUGUGUCCACAGAGGCCCCUGCUCAGUCUCCAACACACAUGUGUCCACAGAGGCCCCUGCUCAGUCUCCAUCACACAUGUGUCCACAGAGGCCCCUGCUCAGUCUCCAUCACACAUGUGUCCACAGAGGCCCCUGCUCAGUCUCCAUCACACAUGUGUCCACAGAGGCCCCUGCUCAGUCUCCAACACACAUGUGUCCACAGAGGCCCCUGCUCAGUCUCCAACACACAUGUGUCCACAGAGGCCCCUGCUCAGUCUCCAUCACACAUGUGUCCACAGAGGCCCCUGCUCAGUCUCCAACACACAUGUGUCCACAGAGGCCCCUGCUCAGUCUCCAUCACACAUGUGUCCACAGAGGCCCCUGCUCAGUCUCCAACACACAUGUGUCCACAGAGGCCCCUGCUCAGUCUCCAUCACACAUGUGUCCACAGAGGCCCCUGCUCAGUCUCCAUCACACAUGUGUCCACAGAGGCCCCUGCUCAGUCUCCAACACACAUGUGUCCACAGAGGCCCCUGCUCAGUCUCCAUCACACAUGUGUCCACAGAGGCCCCUGCUCAGUCUCCAACACACAUGUGUCCACAGAGGCCCCUGCUCAGUCUCCAUCACACAUGUGUCCACAGAGGCCCCUGCUCAGUCUCCAUCACACACAUGUGUCCACAGAGGCCCCUGCUCAGUCUCCAUCACACAUGUGUCCACAGAGGCCCCUGCUCAGUCUCCAUCACACACAUGUGUCCACAGAGGCCCCUGCUCAGUCUCCAUCACACAUGUGUCCACAGAGGCCCCUGCUCAGUCUCCAUCACACAUGUGUCCACAGAGGCCCCUGCUCAGUCUCCAUCACUCACAUGUGUCCACAGAGGCCCCUGCUCAGUCUCCAUCACACAUGUGUCCACAGAGGCCCCUGCUCAGUCUCCAUCACACAUGUGUCCACAGAGGCCCCUGCUCAGUCUCCAUCACACAUGUGUCCACAGAGGCCCCUGCUCAGUCUCCAACACACACAUGUGUCCACAGAGGCCCCUGCUCAGUCUCCAUCACACAUGUGUCCACAGAGGCCCCUGCUCAGUCUCCAUCACACAUGUGUCCACAGAGGCCCCUGCUCAGUCUCCAUCACACAUGUGUCCACAGAGGCCCCUGCUCAGUCUCCAACACACAUGUGUCCACAGAGGCCCCUGCUCAGUCUCCAUCACACAUGUGUCCACAGAGGCCCCUGCUCAGUCUCCAUCACACAUGUGUCCACAGAGGCCCCUGCUCAGUCUCCAACACACAUGUGUCCACAGAGGCCCCUGCUCAGUCUCCAUCACACAUGUGUCCACAGAGGCCCCUGCUCAGUCUCCAUCACACAUGUGUCCACAGAGGCCCCUGCUCAGUCUCCAACACACACAUGUGUCCACAGAGGCCCCUGCUCAGUCUCCAUCACACAUGUGUCCACAGAGGCCCCUGCUCAGUCUCCAUCACACAUGUGUCCACAGAGGCCCCUGCUCAGUCUCCAUCACACAUGUGUCCACAGAGGCCCCUGCUCAGUCUCUAACACACAUGUGUCCACAGAGGCCCCUGCUCAGUCUCUAACACACAUGUGUCCACAGAGGCCCCUGCUCAGUCUCUAA